UAAUUGAUGAUCCUUACUGACUCAAAGGGUAACAGGUCCUGGAGAAAAUGUCUCAGCCCUUUAUUUAUUUAUUUAUUUACAAGUCUAUCUUCAAGUCCAGUCAGUCUGAGAAACCACCAUGAGUGUCUAUUCAAGCAGCAAGAUCGACGGCAUGAAGCAGCCAGACCGUGUCCGUUUUAUAGUUUGUGGCGGUGGCUACACCUGUGACCAUGAGCGGGUUAAUACUGAAUGUCUGGCUGACAGCAGGACAGAGCGAGGAAAGGGAAGCUUAAAUGAGUGAGAGGCAGGGGGCAGAGAGGAGGUGGAGUGACAGAAUGAUAGAGUGAAUUAAUUCAACCUUGGCCAGCCCUGAUUGACUCAGUAGCAAACUGGCAUGUACAAACAUUCACAGUGACACCAAAGCCAUGGAGAGAGAAAAGAGGAAUGACAUGUCUUUCUCCAAAAAGAGAAGUUUCACUUUUGGGGCAUAUGGAGGUUCUCACUUCCUUGUUUACAGUGUGGACAAAUUCACAUGUGGGGAUGAGACGAGACCUGAAUCAGCAGAGGACAACAUACUGGACAUCAGGGACUCUCCUGCCAGUGACAGAAAGCCUGUCCUCUCAGCCAGCAGCAACCAGAGGGACACAGAGCUGUUUGAAAUAAUUGAAAAGCUGCAGGGCAGCAGGAUCGAUGAGCAGAGGUGUGAAUUCCCUCUUCCGCUGAAGUCUCAUCUUUUAAAGAUAGGUGGAGGAGACCUGCCGCUCAUCCUCCCUCCGAAGCUGGGGGGCUUCUGGAUAGACCCCCCUCUGGAGAGGCUUGCAGAUGUGAGUCCCACCUCCUCCAACUGUGGUGUUGAUCCAGAGAGCUACGACAUCAUGGAGAGAGACAGGGAGGCCAAAAUCUACCACGAGUUCUUCCGCUCGCGUUACCAUCACUCAUUCACAGCAGUGGAUCCAUCUUUGGGGCCUCUGGUUCUCUCUGUGUGUUUGGAGGAAGAGGAGAGCAAGCUGCGGGUGAUACUAAGAAUGAAGCAGUGCACUCUGCAUGGAGUUUUCUCUGUCUCUCUUUUCCCCAACAUCCCAUCUGCUGUUGAAUUAGCAAAGAUGCUUUGUGACAGAGUGACUGUCUCAAAGUUUGAAGUGGUCAGCUACCUCAAGGCUCCAGAACUCAUAACUGCAUUUGAUGAACACAGAGUGUCUCCUAAUUUCAAGUUUGGCAUUUUGUACCAAAAGGACGGGCAGUUCACUGAGGAGGACAUACUUUGUAACAAUGAAGAAAGUGAAGAGUUUAAAGAGCUCCUUUCUAUUUUGGGAGAGACGGUUCAACUGGAAGGCUUCACCGGGUUCCGAGGAGGACUGGAUGUGUGUCACGGUCAGACAGGAAGUGAAGCUGUCUUCACUUCCUUUCAUGGGAGAGAAAUCAUGUUCCAUGUUGCAACUAAACUGCCUUUUACAGAGGGCGACCCGCAGCAGUUACAAAGAAAAAGACACAUUGGUAAUGACAUUGUAGCUUUGGUCUACCAGGAGAGCCAAACCCCGUUCCUGUCUGAUGUUAUCAAGUCUCACUUCCUGCACUGUUUCCUGGUGGUCCGGAGGAUUCAGGGUCCAGAGGAGAAGACAGGUGAAACUGCGUACCAGGUGGCUGUCACAGCCAGAGAGGAUGUUCCUCUUUUUGGUCCGUCCCUCCCAGAUCCUCCCAUCUUCACAGAUCGUUCCCUGCUGAGAGAAUUCCUUCUGACCAAACUCAUCAAUGCGGAGAUUUCCUGUUAUAAGGCUCAACAAUUCAGCAGGCUAGAGCUCCGCACUCGUUCGUUGCUCCUGGAGAGCCUGCAGGCUGAACUCUCCACCCGUUCCCAGUGCAUGAUGGGGGAUCCAUCUCUGUCUGUUCUCCCAUCUUCUGAGGCUACACGGGGGGUGUCUGAGGGAAGUGGAGGUUUCAUUGAAAACUUUAAGAGAGCCAUAAGAGUGCGGAGUCACUCUUUCGAGACUCUUGGGGUGCCAAAGAAGGUUGGUGGCAGUGUAUCACAGAAGCCAAAGACAGAUAAAGACGGAGAGAGUGACAAAUCUCCAGGACCUCUACCUGCUGACAGUCAGGGGCCGACUGAACUCAAAGAUCAAGCAAGUCCUCAAGAAGAGACAUAAAAGGAAAUAUCAAUUUGUAGAUUUAAGUGUUUAUAUAGUUAUACAUUGCUAGCCUAUGGUUACUACUUUCUUAUCCUGUUGGAUGGCUUAAAUGUAAAUAGAGUGUAAAAGUAAAUAGUAUUUUUGAGAAUAUAUUUAUUUUACUGUCAUAGCAGUAUUCAACAUUUCUUAAAAGCUUAACAUUGUAUUUCAGUGAAAUGUUUAAGAUAUAAAAUGGCCAGGAUAGGCUUAAAUGUUUUGAGUUUACACAGUUUUGAAUAUCAAUAAAACUCUUUACUUCAGUGGAGAGGAGAGAGAGUUAAGGAACAGCAAAGGAAAUUAGAUUAAGAUUAGCACAAUAUGCAGAAAAUGAAGAAUGGUGAUUGUUUUGUUGAUGACGAUACAUAUAAUGAUACCAGUAAAACAUGAUUAUUAAAAAUAGUUGAUGUUGGCAAUUUAGGAAACCAACAUGCAAAAAGAAGCAGAAGAGAGGAAGAAGAAUAAAAAUACUUUGAGUAAAAUUCUGAAUUAAACAUAUUAUCAUCGAAAUGUAUUAUAUGACAUAAUUGGAGUUAUUAUUACUGAUGCUGUAAACUGCAUUUCAGGUUUUCUGUGUAAAAUCUUAAUGCAAAGUAACUAGUAGAUAUACUGUAGUUGUAAAAUAAAUUUUGUUUUAAUAUUCUACAUAAAUUGAUAAAUAAUAAUGAUUAAGUGAAAUAUUUAGCAGAAGCAUAAAGUAAAAGUACCUCAUGUUUUUAAUUCUUGGGAAUACAUCUUUGAAAAUAUAUUGUCAUUUAAUUAUCAACUUCUUUUUUUAUUAAUUGGUUAGUGUUUAAAAUUAGACAGAGGUGCAAAAUAAUAUACAGACAAUAACACAAAAAAGUCAGACAUAACAAAUGGAUUUAAAUUUUGUUUUUUUUCCCAAAGGUUUUUUUUUGUUAGUGGGAGAACUAUAUAGAUAUUUCAUAUUUGUAUGUGUUUCUUUCUGCGCAUAAAGGCUAUACAAGUUUGGGAUUCUGAUGUUGGGGAGAAACGUACAUUUAUUUACUGUUUUCUUUUUUGUAAUUUUCUAAAUUAAGUUAGUUUUUCUUUUUGUCAUCUUUCUUCCUUAUUUGUUAUUGCUUGUUUGUCUCCUUAAGUUGAGGCGAGAUCCGUUGUAUACAGUAAGCUUGUCGUCUUGACCUCUUCUGAAAACAUUUCUUAUGUUUCCAUUUUCUAGAUAUCUAAAGAAAAUGUAGUCUUUUUAACUUGUGCUGCACUGUCCUGCUCUGCACUCCAAUCCACUAGGUGGCGGUAUUGCGCCAACACGUUGUCUUGCCAACCGCUAAUAAAUUCAAAGAAGAAGACGGAAAGAAGUUCAUCAAGUUA